GUCGUUCUAGUGGCCAAUACAUUGGCAGCUGCGAUUGUCAGCUGCCAGAUGCUACCCUUGCAGAAAAGGUGUGAAACGGUGGGCAUAUUUAUUGGCAAAGCGGGGCUUUGGCCUUGCCAGUUCUCAACGCAACCGCACCCAGCACCAAACCCUAAACUGUCGGAGCCACAGCCAAGUUGCCCGCCGUCGAAAAAUUCCACCCCAGAGUCCGGCCGCCGCCCCUCAGACACAAAAAAUUGUGCCCCACCUAGCAAAGCAAUUUCGGGCUCGUCGCGACGGUCACGGCACCGCACCACCCACACUCCCCUCCCCCCUCCUAGGCGAACAUAGCUUGACGACUUUGAGAGAAAGUCAUAUCGGCCGCGCUCAACUGCUUGCACCCCAGCCGACAUGAGCACUUUCCAGACGGGCAUGGCGCCCAUGCGCUCCAUGGGCGACGACAGCGACGUCGAAGAGGAGGCCCUCGUUGCCGACUACAAAGAACAGGUCCAGUACGAAGACCUCGACGACCUCGACACCUCCAACUCGCUGGCCCACCAACCCGACGACCUCCAGGCACGCCUCACCCAGGCUGCUCAACCCCUAGAAUUCUCGGCGCCGCUCGAGGCCAAGUUCCAGAGCUACGAUGCCUACUGCAGCUUGUUCCAUUUCAUCCUCAACUCUGAGGGUCCCGUCGACCUCGAGCCUCCCUCGUACUACUGGGCGUGGGAUGUCAUCGACGAAUUCAUCUACCAGUUCAACUCCUUCUCCACCUACCGGGCGAGGAUUGCGCGGCAGGGCAACAGCGAAGAUAUCCAGAUGCUCCGCGAGAACCCCAACACCUGGGGCUGCUACAGCGUGCUCAACGUGCUGUACUCGCUGAUCCAGAGGUCGCAAAUCACGGAGCAGCUGGCGGCCAUGAAGCGCAACGAGGAUCCCAUGGCUGUCGCCGGCCAGUAUGGGUCUAAGAACCUCUAUCGCAUGCUGGGCUAUUUCUCCAUCAUUGGACUCCUUCGGAUCCACUGCCUUCUCGGAGACUUUAGCCUUGCGCUUAAGACGCUCGACGACAUUGAGUUGAACAAGAAGGCCAUGUUCGCCCGCGUCAUGGCCGCCCACUUUACAACCUACUACUAUGUAGGCUUCUCGUACAUGAUGAUGCGCCGCUACGGCGACGCCAUCCGCAUGUUCAGCCACAUCCUAGUCUAUGUCUCGCGGACCAAGAACUUCCAAAAGAACGCCCAGUACGACUCCAUCACCAAGAAGAACGAGCAGAUGUAUGCCCUGAUCGCCAUCUGCGUCGCCUUCCACCCCACACGUCUGGACGACACCAUCCACACGGCCCUCCGUGAGAAGUAUGGUGACCAGCUGCUUAAGCUGCAGAAGGGCGGCCCCGACUCGCUCCCCAUCUUCGAGGAGCUCUUCCGGACCGCGUGCCCCAAGUUCAUCUCCCCCGUGCCCCCUGAUUUUGACCACCCCGAGGCCAACGUCGACCCCAUCGAGCACCACCUGUCCGUCUUCAUGGAUGAGGUCAAGACCAACAUGUGGAGCCCAACCGUUAAGUCCUACCUGCGCCUCUACACCACCAUGGACCUGAAGAAGCUCGCUGGCUUCCUCGACGUCAAGCCCGAGGACCUCCGCUCGUUGCUGCUCGUGAACAAGCAGCGGACCAAGCAGCUUCGCUGGACUGAUCACGCCCUCCUCGAGGGCGAGCUGGUGAACGUCAAUGACCUUGACUACGCGCUCCAGGGCGUGAGUUACUGCUCCUCCCGUACUGGUGUAUUUGUGGCGAAAUUGUAACUAUGCUGACCCCAAAAACAGGAUCUGAUUCAUAUCUCCGAGGCUAAGGUCGGCCGCAAGCUGGUCGACUGGUAUCUGCGUAACCUCUCGCGCACAUACACAUGAUGGUCUCUAGAUGAUGUGCCCGCAUAUAGUCGACGGGGAGAAUCGUUGUGUAAUCUGGGAAGUUUAAGGGCUAUUUAGGUCUCUUUGUCAGCAGCAUUGCAUAUCA